AUGACAUUUGGUUAAUCGGCUUUAAAAUUAUAACGCGUUUGUAGAACUCAUUGGAAAAAUAUUAUUUAGACAAAUAAAUCCAGGGAAAUGCUUGAUGUUCGAAAAAGAGGCAAAAGUUCUGAUAAUAAAGAAACGAAAGAUGGAGAUAAAGUCAAUGAAAAUGAUUUAGUUGAUAAAGAAGUAGUGGACUCUAAAAAAUCAGACAUAAACCGAAAAAUCCCUCUAAGAGUAAUUUCUCGCAUUGUUGUUAUAACUUCUCUCCUGAUUGUUGUAUACUUUUCGUCUAAAGAUGAUAGAGUGAAAACAUUCGCUAAACAAUCUGAACUGCUACCGGGAAAGGGUUUAGUUGUAGAGUGUUCACAAACAUAUAAGGAUGACUUGGACAAAUAUGAAGGAUGUUUCCCCAAGGAAUGUAAAAGAUUUGUAACUGAUAAAGUGAUAUCAGUACGAGAAGCUGAAGAACUGCUGGCUCUUGCCAAGAAAGGCUUCCAAUUAGGGAAGCCGGCAGGUGGUGUCUCCAUCCUAGACUUGCACAGUGGUGCUCUAUCUGUUGGACAACACUUUGUAAAUAUUUAUAAAACAGGGGAUGCUAAAAACAUAUACAAUGAAAAUGACUUCAAUACUUACAGGGUGGUUAAAGAAAAAAUUAAAUAUGCUGUAGCUCAUCAUUUUGGAGUUAAUCCAAAUAAAAUAUAUCUAACCCAUCCCACAUUUUUCUCCGAGAUCACUUCUAAGGAGGCAAUAACCAUCCAUGAUGAAUAUUGGCAUCCACAUGUAGACAAGGAGUCAUAUAAAUCCUUCCAUUACACAACUCUGUUGUAUCUAAAUGACUACAACACAGAUUUCAAAGGUGGAAGAUUUAUUUUUAUUGAUGAUAAGUUCAAUAGAACUGUAGAACCACGGAAGGCACGUCUAAGCAUGUUUACUAGUGGCCGUGAAAAUUUCCAUUAUGUUGAAAAAGUAACCUCGGGUACCAGAUAUGCUGUAACAAUUUCAUUUACAUGUGAUAUGCAACAUGCAAUUGAAGAUCCAAGUAUUAAAAAUUUGUAAAUGUACAUUCCAAUAAAGACUUAAUAAAUUAUUAAAUAAU